AUGCAGGGAUCAGCAGCAGCAGCAGCAGCAGCAACACCAGCAGCAGCAGCAACAGCAGCAGCAGCCCCUGUGUGCCAUCUGUGUGGAGCCUGCGCUAUCAGCCCAUCCUACAAUUCACCAGCAGCAGCAGCAGCAGCAGCACCACCACCAGCAGCAGCAGCAGCAGCAGCAGCACCAGCAGCAGCAGCAGCAGCAGCAGCAGCAGCAAGAGGGGGGCCCCUGCAUGCGUUUGCGCGGCGGCUGACGCGGCUGCUGCGGCACGAGGGGCCCCACAGGGGCCUCCAAAUGCGGCCCGACGGCUUUGUGUCAGUUGCUGCUGUUUUGCUGCUGCAGCAAAACAGCAGCAGCACUUUCGCCGAUUUGCUGCAGGUCGUAGCAGCAGACAGCAAACAGCGCUUCCAGCUGGCCCUCGCAACCAGCCCUUUUGCUGCUGCUGCUGCUGCUGCAGAGCAGCAGCAGCAGCAGCAGCAGCAGCAGCAGCAGCAGCAGCAGCAGGGGCCCCUCAGCCCCCUCCGGGUGCUGCCGGCCGGGGCGGUCUGCUGCGUGCGAUGCUGCGGGGUGCCUCCAGCAGCAGCAGCAGCAGCAGCAGGGCCGAGGGGUUCUGCUGCUGCUGCUGCUGCUGCUGCUGCUGCUGCUGCUGAGGUGUACAUCCGGGCAACGCAGGGGCACUCAGUUGCUGUUGUGGAGAGUUCGCUGCUGCUGUCGCCGGUGGAAUCUGAGCAGCAGCUGCUGCAGCAGCUGCUGCAGCAGCUGCUGCAGCGGGGGCCCCCCGGGGGCCCCCUGAGUCCUGCUGCUGCUGCUGCUGCUGCUGCUGCUGCUGCUGGGGGGGAGGGUUUUGCUGCUCCUUUUAAAGUGGUUUUUGUUCAUGGGACUUUUUUGAAGUGUUGGGAGUCCAUUAAACUUCACGGAAUUCGAAGAAUGGGAAGAAGACACAUUCACUUCGUCCCCUGCUUAGCUGCAGCACCAGCAGCAGGUGCAGCAGCAGCAGCAGGUGCAGCAGCAGCAGCAGGUGCAGCAGCAGCAGGUGCAGCAGCAGCAGGUGCAGCAGCAGCAGGUGCAGCAGCAGCUCCGGAGCAGCAACAGCCGCCGCCCGCGGGGCCCGCUGAGCCGCCGCAGCCCGCCGCAGCAGCAGCAGCAGCAGCAGCAGCAGCAGCAGCAGCAGCAGCAGCAGCAGGGGGUUCGCUGCUGCCGCUGAGCGCGUCGGGCUUGCGGAGGGGCUGCGAGCUGCUGCUGCUGCUGAACUUGGAAAAAGCUUUGGCAGCAAAAAUUAUUUUUUUUAUUUCAAAUAAUUUUUUGCUUUUGACUGAAGGCAGCCCCGACGGCAGCUUGCCUCUCGGGUGUAUAGACACCGCAGUCCUCGCCGCCACUGGCGAGCAGCUCCCCCUUCGCUAG